ACAUGCUAUUUGGUUCGUGCCUGUGCAUGUGAAAAAUUCGCACGUUGCUCGGUGGAACUGUUAUUGAAAGUGGUAGAUUUUUUUAAGUCUGUCGCUUUUUCUGAAUUACACCACUUUUUAUUUACGAAAUAUCGAUUAUUAUGUACAUCUUUCAUAAUGUUAUAAACAUUGUGUAUCUCGUGUUAAUUACAGCUUAACGAUAAAGACGAAGCUAUUCAAUUACUGACACUAUAUUUAAACGAAACCCAAUAUCAGUACAGUCAAUGCUUCGAAGAGGCUGCCAAGCAAGACACAAUCUUAGAGUUUCAACGGGAAGCAGUCCAUCAGCUGAGGCAAAAGAUAGAGCAAAUGGACAAUUCUUUAAUUGUCACGAAUUUACACUCGGCAUAUUUUGCCAUAUUGAGUACAAUACAGGAUCAGCUACAGAACCACCGCAAAGAAUACGAAACCAUCACAACUAAGAUGGAAAAUCUUGUGAAAUCGAAGAACUGCUUAGAAGAGAAGUAUAAAAAUCUGAAAAGAUUAUGGCAGGAAGCAAGCGAAGAGUUGCAAGAACUGAAGUCGAUUUUGACGAAGAAAGAAAACGACUUAAAAUGUUAUCAAACGGAAAUUAGUAAUUGUAAAGCAGAGAUAAAUCAGAAAAAUUGUGCGAUGAAAGAUUUGACCUGCAAACUGGCCUCGAGGGAUGCCAGAAUGAAAGACAUGGAAGAGAUCCAGGGCAGGAAGAUAAAAGAGUUGGAGGAUUUAUUGAAAAAAUCUGAAAACAUUGAGAGGCAAUUACGAAACAAAAUAUUGGUUUCAACCGAGAGAGAUAAAGACAUGAGAAAGCAGCUACAGAAAUAUAAAAUAGACUUGGAAAUAUUCGAAGAGGAAUUGAAGUCCGAGAGAAAAUCUAACUCCGAUAUCGAGCAAUUGCGGACGGAGAAUGAAUCUUUGAAGCAGGAAUUGGGCGAUCAUACAAGGCAAACUGAAGCUGUAGUGAACGAGCUGCAAAUACUGAAGGAAAAGGAAAUUCAUUUGGAACAAGAAUUGGGGAAAAAUCAGAGGACCGAAGAAUUGAAGAACUUGAAUGAACGUAUGAGGAAGGAUUUUGAGAUUCUACAACUAGAUAACAAAAAUACUGAGUUUAAGCUGAAAAGAUGCUCAGAAACAAUUGCUCACUUACACGAUGAAGUCAAUCUGAAAAACGAAGAAAUGAAAGCACUAUCUGAUCAGCUCAAGAAUUUUGAGGAAGCUAAAAGAGAGAACUCUCGUUACAUGGAACAGUUGGAGAAACAGUUACAAAUGAGUGAAGAGCAGACCGAAGAGUGUCUUGGCGAAUUAAAUGUUUCCAAGGAAAUAUUAGCUGUACUCCGCGAUAGAGUUUCUUCGCUAAAGCUGAUAUUGCAAGAAAAAUCGGAUGACAUGGUAAAGCUGCAAGCCGACCAUCAAAUUCUGAAGAAUGCUAAUUCUAUACUGAAAGCGGAACAAGGUAUAUUCGAGAACAAAGCGAGUGAGGACAUCGGCGAUUUGAAAAAAAGGUUGAAAGGUGUUCAAACGCAGUUAUCUCAGAUGGAGAAUAAUUAUCGCAAAGUAACCCAAGAUUUCAACAAGAGCCAGGAGCUUUUAGUCGAGGCAACAAAGAGAGAGGUGGAUUUACAACACGCGCUCACAUCCAUGGAAAACAAGUUGCUAUCAAAACUAUCAUUAGCGGAGCAGGAGGAAAAUCGACUGUCAGAUGUCAUCGACAAGCUCAGCGAAGAACUGGAGGAUGCUCACAACGAGCUUUUGACCAAAACUUCUCAACUUUGUCAGGCUCAAUGCCGUAGCAAAUGUUACGCCAGUCAGUUGGAAUCUGUCCAACAAGAAUGUCAAAAGCACAAAGAAGACAACAACGCUCUGCGAAUUACAGUUAAUAAAUUAGAAGCAAAACUGAACGAGCUGAUGUGUUGUAACGAUACUGAAAAUACGCAUUUGAGGACGCAAAUUGACAGUCACACAAGCUGCAUCCGGUCUCUCCAAGAAAAAUUAUUGAAAAUGGAAGAAGUCAAAUGCUGCUUGUCGAAACAGCUGCAACAAUCUCUGGAAGAAAAUUGCGACCUUGCUACUAAGAAAAGCAUACUUGAACAAAAAAAUUUCAAAUGCGUAUCAGAGCUUCAAGAUAUGCACAGAUCGUUGCUUGAAUUACGACAAGAAUAUCAGGUGAAGGCAAAAUCACUUGUCAGCAUGUCAGCCGAAUUGAGUCAAGUCGCAGUGAGUCGGUCCGAAUUGUGUACCGAGUCGCAACAUGUAGUGUCAUGUAUUCGCGCUUGGAUGGAUGAGCAGAAGAAUUUGGUUGAGACAUUGGCAUCUAAGCUCAAUGUUAAACAACAGCAAGUGAUGCAGCUUGCAUUUGAAAAAAAAGCACUUCUAGCAACAAUCAGAGAACUGCGACGAGCAAAUUGCGCGCUGACACAGAGAAUAAAGCGUCUCCACAAGCCAUCUGUUUGCGGCAGAGGAAUGAAGAGUGUGUACAAUGGAUACAGAACUUCCCAAACUUUCAUUUCAAAUUUUCCCAACGGUCGAACCGAUCCAUCAAACUCCAACCAUUCGCGUGUAGGAAAAAAAUCUUCUCUUGGUCCGAUAAGAAAUGCUCGACGUACAUCGGCUUGCGGUAAUUCUUGGUGGUUUCCAAAAAUAGAGCAUUUGACUCAAGAGUUGAGAAGGAACAACCAGUGGUGGAGUAAAAAUGCAAUAAACAAGGCCGAAAGCGAUCCUGGGUUGGACGAAAGCCGCGACUGUGGUUAUCAGUCGUCGACGAGCAAGUGAAGAAACUCUGAAGGCUAUCUGAUAGAAUCUGCAUCUGCCAUGGGCAAUGGUAUUUUUACUUUUGUAUCGUUUAUGUAUCAAUCUGGUGGUAUUUGCGCCAGCGAGGCCAAGAAGUUAGUCAAAUUUGUAGUGAACACCUGGUUUUCACCUUAUAACGAAUGUUUUAUAAUAAUACCUUAUAUCAUUGCAGCUAAUUUUUUCUCAGACAAAAUAUACCAAUGCUGCAUUUAAUGCCAA